AUGAGAUACAACAUUCACAUAAAUAAUAACACUCCGAAAUGUAAUUCUGAAACAUUAAAAAAUUAUAUGGAACGGAAUAUUAAUGAAAGUCCCAGUGAAUCUAAAAGAGCAAUUCAAAGAGUUGCAGAGGCAAGGAUUGGUGGAACAUUUUCUGUAAUUUGCUCAAAAGAAAAUUUUAGUUAUUUAGUUGUUACAAGACUUUAUUGCGAAGUUCAAGUUAACAAUGUAACAUGUUUUGCAUUUAUACAUGAAUAA